AAAAAGAAAAAAACAAAAAAAUCCAAACAAGCCCUUAUUCUCUCUCACCCUAGACACAGAUACACAUAUACCACAACAACUGUGUUCGUUGUUCAUUUCCAUCUCUUCAUUGCAGCUGCUACCUCGUCUUAAUGGGUGUCAUUGAUUUGUACAAUUCUGCUUCUUUCUGCUUGGCUAAAUCGUGCACCAAUCUAGGGUUAUCACCCAGACCCAGUUGUUCGAUUGUGGCCAUGGCCUCUACCAUUCCUGUUGAACAAGUCAAUAAUGGUCCUCUGCAGGUGACAGGUGAUUCCUUCAUCAGAGAGCAUCUCAGAAAGUUGUCUCCUUAUCAACCCAUUUUGCCUUUUGAGGUAUUAUCUUCUCGUCUUGGACGCAAGCCUGAGGAUAUUGUCAAGUUAGAUGCCAAUGAAAAUCCUUAUGGUCCCCCUCCUGAGGUCAUGGAAGCCCUGGGAUCAAUACGAUUUCCGUAUGUCUAUCCUGAUCCAGAGAGCCGCGCACUGCGUGCAGCUCUCGCCCAAGAUUCAGGCCUUGAAUCUGAAUAUAUUCUUGUAGGGUGUGGUGCAGAUGAGCUUAUUGAUUUGAUCAUGCGAUGUGUGCUUGAUCCUGGCGACAAGAUUGUGGACUGCCCUCCUACCUUCACAAUGUAUGAAUUCGAUGCUGCGGUUAAUGGAGCAUCUGUCAUCAAAGUUCCUAGGAGGCCAGACUUCAGUUUGAAUGUGGAGCAAAUCACUGAGGUUGUUAAACAAGAAAAGCCCAAAUGCAUAUUCUUAACGUCUCCAAAUAACCCAGAUGGGAGUAUAAUUGACGAUGAAGUUCUCUUAAAGUUACUUGAGCUUCCCAUUCUGGUGGUUCUGGAUGAAGCAUACAUCGAGUUUUCAGCAAUUGAAUCAAAGAUGAGCUGGGUGAAGAAACAUGAGAAUUUGAUUAUUCUUCGGACAUUUAGCAAAAGAGCUGGUUUAGCUGGACUUCGUGUAGGAUAUGGAGCUUUUCCUUUGAGUAUAAUUGAGUAUCUUUGGAGAGCAAAACAACCUUAUAAUGUGUCUGUUGCUGCUGAAGUUUCUGCUUGUGCAGCAUUGCAAAAUCCUAUCUAUUUAGAGAAUGUGAAAGAUGCUUUGCUUAAAGAAAGAGGGAGGCUUUAUGACCUUUUGAAGGAAGUUCCAUUCCUUCGGCCAUUUCCAAGUCAUUCUAAUUUCAUUCUUUGUGAGGUUACUUCUGGAGUGAAUGCAAAGAAGCUAAAGGAGGACCUUGCACAAAUGGGGGUGAUGAUUCGUCACUACGACAAGAAAGAGCUGAAAGGGUAUGUUCGUGUUUCUGUUGGGAAGCCUGAACACACAGAUGCACUAAUGAAGUGCCUCAAGAGACUUUCAUAGGAGAAAAUUUUGAAUGUAAUAAGAUAUUAUAACACGUACAUGGAAGUGUAAUAACUAAUUAGAUGAAAAUUUGUGAUUUUACCAAGGGAAGUUAUUAAAGCGGAAGAUUUAUAAUA